UCAAUAUCACUCACCGUUUCUCUCUAUACAGCAUAAGUCCUAUUCAUAUUUUUUGUGUGUUAUACAGAGAUUCCGAUGGCAGGAAGAGGCAAGACUCUUGGUUCCGGUGCAGCAAAGAAGGCUCAAUCUCGGAGUAGCAAAGCCGGUCUUCAAUUUCCGGUCGGUCGUAUUGCUCGUUUUCUGAAAGCCGGCAAGUAUGCCGAGCGUGUUGGUGCUGGAGCUCCCGUGUACCUUGCAGCUGUUCUCGAAUACCUUGCUGCUGAGGUGCUUGAAUUAGCUGGAAAUGCAGCUAGGGAUAACAAGAAGACUAGGAUAGUCCCAAGGCAUAUUCAGUUGGCUGUGAGGAACGAUGAAGAGCUGAGCAAGCUGCUUGGUGAUGUGACCAUUGCUAAUGGUGGUGUUAUGCCCAACAUCCAUAACCUUUUGCUUCCUAAGAAAGCUGGCUCAUCAAAGCCCUCUGCAGAUGAAGAUUAGGUGGAAGGAUAAGAGAAGGUUUCUAGGGUUGAGGGUUAAAGUUGGUUUUUUAGUAAUUGGUGUUUCUGGGUCUUAGAUUCCAUAGAUAUUAGGUGAAAUCAAUUAUGUUUUUCUGUUGGUUUAGUCGAAGCUUCUAGGUUUUAUGGUAGUCUGUAUAUAUAAAUGAAGGGAUGAAUGGAAGACUAUGUUCUUAAAUUGUCUCUCUUUGUUUCCAUUUUUAAUGAAAUAUCAACUCAAUGAGUUCUAUCUU